UCCCAGAGCACGUGCUGGGCUGUUAGGACAGCCCGCUGCGGGGUUCCGGCUGGUGGUGUUGCUUUGGUCACUUUCCGCGCGCUUUCCAGGAACUCGGCGAUCCACUUGCCUCUGGCUUCCUAGUGCUGGGAUUAAAGGCGGCCGCCAUCACGACGGGUUUAGUCCCUUUCGUAAAGGCGAGAGGACCAGGCGUUUAAGGCCAGCUCCCGCUAUCAAGUGAACUGGAGGCCAUCCUGCACCAAGGGUUGAGACCUUCUCACAAAAUCCACGCUUCUAAAACAAGGAUUUCAAGGAGCAGAGGUACGAGCCUGACUCUGUGGACUCUAGUUCCCACUUGCCAAGGGCUCAGACAAGUGCUGGGAUUGCCUGGGUCUGAUCUUGAGGGAAGAAGCUCAAGGGGUGGCCAGAGAGGCCCAAGACAACUCUGAACCAGUGCAAUGGCAGACAAGGAUUCCGCCCUGUGGGCUUCUCAUGAGAAGAUGUUGACACAGCCCCUCAAGGACAGCGAUGCUGAGGUUUACAACAUCAUUAAAAAGGAGAGCAACCGGCAGAGGGUUGGAUUGGAGCUGAUUGCCUCAGAGAAUUUUGCCAGCAGAGCUGUGUUGGAGGCCCUAGGAUCUUGCUUAAAUAACAAAUACUCUGAGGGGUAUCCAGGCCAAAGGUAUUAUGGUGGGACUGAGUUCAUCGACGAGCUGGAGACGCUGUGUCAGAAGCGUGCGUUACAGGCCUACCAUCUGGAUCCUCAGUGCUGGGGGGUCAAUGUCCAGCCUUAUUCAGGCUCCCCUGCAAACUUUGCUGUGUAUACUGCCCUGGUGGAGCCCCAUGGGCGAAUCAUGGGCUUGGACCUGCCAGAUGGUGGCCAUCUGACUCAUGGCUUCAUGACAGACAAGAAGAAAAUCUCUGCCACCUCUAUCUUCUUUGAAUCCAUGCCUUAUAAGGUGUACCCAGACACUGGGUACAUCAACUAUGACCAGCUGGAGGAGAAUGCCAGCCUCUUCCACCCGAAGCUGAUCAUCGCAGGGACCAGCUGCUACUCCCGGAACCUGGACUAUGCACGUCUGCGAAAGAUUGCGGAUGACAAUGGGGCAUAUCUCAUGGCAGACAUGGCACAUAUCAGUGGGCUCGUGGCAGCUGGCGUGGUGCCCUCCCCCUUUGAACACUGCCAUGUAGUGACCACUACAACCCACAAGACCCUGAGAGGCUGCCGUGCUGGUAUGAUAUUCUACAGAAAGGGCGUGCGCAGUGUGGAUCCCAAGACUGGCAAAGAGACUUACUAUGAGCUGGAGUCCCUCAUCAACUCUGCCGUGUUUCCAGGCCUACAGGGGGGUCCUCACAACCAUGCCAUUGCUGGUAUUGCUGUGACCCUGAAGCAAGCCAUGACUACAGAAUUCAAAAUCUACCAGCUCCAGGUGUUGGCCAACUGCAGGGCUCUGUCUGAUGCACUCACAGAGCUAGGCUACAAAAUAGUCACAGGUGGCUCUGAUAAUCACUUGAUCCUAAUGGAUCUGCGUUCUAAGGGUACUGAUGGCGGAAGGGCUGAGAAGGUACUAGAAGCCUGUUCUAUUGCCUGCAACAAGAAUACCUGCCCAGGUGACAAGAGCGCAUUACGGCCCAGUGGACUUCGUCUGGGGACUCCGGCAUUGACAUCCCGAGGACUUUUGGAAGAAGACUUCCGAAAAGUAGCACAUUUUAUCCACAGAGGGAUAGAGUUGACUUUGCAGAUUCAAAGCCACAUGGCCGUGAGGGCCACGCUGAAAGAGUUCAAGGAGAAGCUGGCAGGGGAUGAGAAGUUCCAGAGUGCUGUGGCAACUCUCCGGGAAGAAGUGGAGAAUUUUGCUUCCAAAUUCUUGCUUCCUGGCCUUCCCGACUUCUGACAGGGCUAGCACAGCCUGUGUUCGCCAAGAGGGUAGUAUUAUUCCUGGACCCUGUGAACUCUGUGCCCUCUUGAGGCUGUGAAGUGGACCACUGAGCUGCAUCAUGCUUUGGUGGGUGUUUCUGUUUACCUGUUUUCAAAUAUUUUGGGAACAGGUUAUUAAGGACUUGAAAUUUGAAACGUGUUCUGUAGCCAUUUGACCUCCUCACUCAUGCAUAUGAGGCAAAGCUAUUAAAGAUUCCAGAAUUGUCCUUUCUGCUUACUCAGUGGGUCCUGUGGCAGGUAAGCAAAUGUUUAACUUCACCCUUGUAUUUUCCAUUCUUCCUUUUCUGUUGCCCAGAUACCAGAGGAGCAUUGAGUUUUCUGCUCUAAGUUUGAGGUUAUAAACUAGGUAAGUGUAUAAGCAAGAAGUUAGUGUUAGGGCUGGAAAGAAGGCUCUGCACUUCUGGCUGCUCUUCCAUAAACCAUCUGUGUAAUUCCAGUUCCAGAGAAUCAACACCCUCUUCUUGGUUCUGAGGACACCAGGCACACAUGAAGUAUACACAUACAUGCAGGCAAAAUAGCGAUACACAGAAAAUUUUGUUUUAAAGAAAAAAUACUGUCAGCAGCUUGAAAUGAAAUAGAAGGGCUAGGGAUAUCACUUAGAGAAAAUACACAUAUUCCCUGUGAGUGCUGCCCUGGGUUCAUGCCUAGGACACAUACACAAAAAAAAUCUUGUACAGCUGGCUGUCUCCAUCGGUGUACAAACCCCUUCCUGGUUUAAGAAUCAGCAGAGGCUAAAGGUUUUAUAUUCCGCCUGCCUGAAAUAAUUCCUACAAUUAGGAACCCAAAUGCUACCUUCUGAAAGAGUCUUUAUUUUUACAUCACUGAAUUGCAAACCAUCAGUAACUUUUUAAUAUGGACAAUCAAAUUUUUACUCACAGAAUGUCUACAAGAAUUAUAUCUUUAAAAAAUACAACCAGUUUUUAUAUUUUAAAAAUAUCUGAACUCAAAUAAAUUAAUAUCUUAAAAAGUA